GCUUCCCGCGCUCGCGGGGGACACACGUGACACCGCGGCACACGUGACAACACAGGCCACGUGACUGCCCUGAGCCACGUGACGCAGGCCGGGAGAGCGGCGGAGCGGGAGCGGAGCGGUGCAGCCAUGGUGUCCAGAAAGCAGCUGGCAGACUUUGGCUACAAGGCCUUCUCGGGCUCCAUGAUGCUGCUGACGGUGUACGCCGGUUACCUGUGCAGUGUGCGUGUGCAGAGGAUGCUGCAGCAGCGCCGCCAGCGGGAGAGCACGCCUGGCCCUGAGAGCUGAGCCUGUCCUGGGGCUGGGGCUGAGCCUGAGCCUGUCCUGGGGCUGGGGCUGAGCCUGAGCCUGUCCUGGGGCUGGGGCUGAGAGCUGAGCCUGUCCUGGGGCUGGGAGCUGAGCCUGUCCUGGGG